CAUUUUCUUUUACUUAAAUUUAAGAAGAAGAAAAAAAAUUAAAUGGUCCCACGUCAUCAUCUUCCAAACAAUAGAAAAAUGUUUAAAAGAUUGCAACAAAUUUCACCCACAUUUUUCUUGCAUUUUAUGUUAUGUCAAGUACACUAAUUCCCUACAUCUGAACACACAUUUAAAUUUCUACUCACCUUAUCUAUCUCUUCUCCAAUCUCUGCCGUAGCCGCCGUGAUAACAAACAUGCUUACAACCAUGUCCUCCUCCUCCUCCUCCUCGCAACCGCUACUACCGCCGACGCCAAAACUCUCCACCGGCGCUUCACCAGCCACCUCUCUGCCGGUACGUACAGUUCCAGGAUCGCACGGAUGGCCGGUGCUGGGACCUAUAUUGGACAGGCUAGACUAUUCGUGGUUUCAAGGUCCUGAAACAUUCUUCAGGAAGCGUAUGGAGAAGUACAAAUCCACUGUUUUCCGAACAAAUAUUCCGCCGACGUUUCCGCUGUUCACCGGAGUAAAUCCGAAUAUUAUCGCUGUUCUUGAUUGCAAAUCUUUUGCUCAUCUUUUUGAUAUGGAUAUUGUAGAGAAGAAAAAUGUACUUGUUGGUGAUUUUAUGCCUAGUUUGAGCUUUACUGGCAAUAUCAGAACUUCUGUUUAUAUGGAUACUUCUGAACCUCGGCAUGCUCAGGUGAAAAACUUUGCAAUGGACAUCUUGAAAAGAAGCUCAAAAGUAUGGAUAGAAGAGCUUUUAGGCAAUCUGGACACAUUUUGGGACCAAAUUGAAAAGGAAGUUUCAGAAAAGGAAAGUUCAAGCUAUUUAUUCAGUCUUCAAGGGGCUCUUUUUAAGUUCUUGAUGAAGUCCAUUGCUGGGGCCGACACGUCAGCAUCUCCAGAGAUGGAGGAAUCUGGCUAUGCCAUGUUGAACAGGUGGCUGGCUCUCCAGCUCCUCCCCACCGUACCUAUCAGUGUGGCUCAGCCUCUUCCAGAAAUAUUUCUUCAUUCUUUUGCCUACCCUUUUUUCCUUGUCAGUGGAGAUUACUCAAAGUUGUACCACUUCAUCAAAAAUCAAGGUAAAGAGGUGAUACAACGAGGUGCAACCGAGUUUGGACUCAGUGAAGAAGAAGUCAUACACAACAUUCUCUUCGUAAUGGGUUUCAAUUCCUACGGCGGUUUCUCCAUCUUCAUACCUAAUCUCAUCAGCCGCAUCGGAAGUGACACCACUGGUUUACAAGAAAAACUACGUAAAGAAGUUAGAGAAAAAGGCGGUCCGAGUUUAACCUUUGACUCAGUAAAACAAAUGCCACUCGUUCAGUCACUCGUUUACGAAACUCUACGAAUGAGUCCACCUGUCCCUCUUCAAUUUGCCAGAGCCAGAAAAGAUUUUCAACUAAGUUCCCAUGACUCAGUCUUUGAGAUCAAGAAAGGCGAGUUAUUAUGUGGUUUUCAACCUUUGGUGAUGAGAGACUCUAAGAUUUUUGAUGACCCGGAGACUUUUAAACCAGACCGGUUCAUGGGUUCGGGCAGUAAGUUACUGGAUUACUUGUACUGGUCUAACGGUCCACAAACCGGGUCACCCAGUGAGUCAAAUAAACAAUGUGCAGCCAAGGAUUACGUGACUCUUACGGCUUGUUUGAUUGUGGCUCACUUGUUUACAAGGUUUGAUUCUUUUACUGGGAGCUCUAGUUCAAUUACUGCGGUUAAAAGUAAGUCCGAGUGAUGUAAAGUGUAAGGGUGUUUUGGUGAUUUGUGUGUUUAUGUUAAGACUUAAGAGUGUAUUAAGUUUUUUUAUAAUUAAAGGCAAUGAUAUUGAGUCCCUAUACUUUUAUUUA